AUGGCGGGAAAUGAUACCAUCAGGUCUGUCGUGGGCUGGCAGCCUAAUUCAGACAGGCGAGGUACGCUCGCUAUCCUCGAAAGCUGCAUCUUCACGAUAUUAGCGUGUACAUGGACCAUUCUGCAUCUCAACGUACCUGGUCCAUCUGAUAGCGCUUUCAGGAUAUUGCGGAGGAAAAUGGCUUUGGCGAUCAUUACGGUGUUCUUGCCAGAGAUUAUCCUCGCGCAUGCGAUGAUGGAGCGAAGUGCUGCAAUUUUGUCUCUGCAAGAGCUUAAGGCCCUGGAUAUCGAGGACCUAGAGUGGACUCUCAGACAUUCAUAUUACGCAAAUAUGGGUGGACUGAGGCUAGUAUUGGAGGAUGGUGGGGUCAUCUGCAGCUUUACGAUAGCCGCGUUCACUUCUAUAGCACUCACCACACGUCAGUUUGGUUAUCUGCGAGAGAAAGGGGUCAUAACGUCAACUCCAAACAUCUUGGAAGGAGAAAUAGAAGACAAGGCUAAGACCGACUACUUCACGAAAGGAAUUGCCAUAGUCCAGAUCUUCUGGCUGAUACUAUCGCUAUGUGGAAGAGCCUCACGGCAUCUAGCCGUCUCUCAAUUGGAGAUCCUCACAGUUGCAUUUGCAGCUUGCGCUGCUGUUACGUACUUCUUUGCCUGGGAUAAACCACAAGGUGUGAAUACUGGGACGAAGGUUCACGCAACAGCACCAUUGAAUAUCGUGGAUACAAACAGGAUCGCCCAGCUUCAGCCAAAGGCGUUAAACAUAUUACUUUUCGGCGCGACGGACAUACGAGAAGGGCCACAGUUUGAGCGGAUCCACAAUGAUACCAUCGAGCUAUCGAACUCGUAUACCCAGCCUGUUUCUCUCUGGCUGACAGUGUCGAUCAUGUUGUUUGGUGCCAUCCAUCUAAGUGCUUGGAAUUACACGUUUCCUACGCCCACUGAAAGAGUUUUGUGGAGAACAGCAAGCGUUGUCAUCACCGCU